AUGUCACUAAGAACCCCCGAAUAUUUGCUUAAUACUCUUAGACAUCCAAUUCCCGCUUAUCGCUUAUUACCAAAUGACCAAAUAGGUUAUAGCGAGACGUCGGCACUAACUAACAUGCCGUCGAUGAAAUUGGAGGGGUAUGGGAACGUUGGAAGUAGGUAUGCAGUCGAGAGGGAUGAAAGUCGAAGUCGAGGACCGGGAAGACGCAUUUGGAGUCAUUCGGAAACGAAGUAUUUUCUCAGUGUCAUGAGAAAAUAUUAUAAUAAAGUGACAAUAGCACCCACAAAUAAUCAAAAGGGAGAAAUUUGGGAUAAAGUCGUGGAAGAACAUAAUAAAUAUUUCGCCGAACGAACAAAACGUUCUUGUCAGCAACAAUGGGACCGUUUGAUUGGCCGGUACAGGUCAGCAAAAGGUCCACUCCAAUUUGAAUAUGGAGAGGAGAUGCGAUCGAUUAUAGGGGAUGCAGAAAACCAACAAACGGAUCCAGCUCACGAGGCUCACUUGGCAAAACACGAUGUUGCCACCCCUCACCAUCAUCAUAAUCACGCGGAGGAAGAUCCCAACAAGCCGCCGCUGCCACUAACACUUGAACCACCCCCAAAUAACCAUGCCAUGUACGAUCAUACAUACAAUUGUAACGCAAUAUACGGAAGGGCCGGUUCGCCUGUAAGGCGAAUUAGAUCAGCGACUGUUGAAGAAGAGGAGGACAUGCCUCAACGAAAGAGGCAAUCUACAAUAGAAAGAUUGUUGGGUUUGUUGGAGAAGCAUAUUGCAGAUGAACAGGACAGGAGAUUGAUAGAAUCUCAACGAUGGGAAGAGCAGAUGCGUCGCAUGGAAGAAGUAAUCGGAUCUAUAAACAAGUUGACAGAUGCGCUAACAGAAAUAAAGAAUAAAUAA